AUGUUGGGCAUUUCGGCCGUCCUGGUGUACGCCGCGAGCCUGGCUUCGGCCCGUGCCGUCAUACCCAAAAACUCUGCUGGCGAUACUCUCGCAGCUCGCUGGCUGGACCAUCAUCCCCUUGAGAUAUGGCCGUGGCCAGAGACCACGCCGUGUGAGGCGGAUGCUCCACCACCUGUCGUGACUAUUCCGCCGCCGCCUCCUCCUGUUGAUUUCACGACUCCAUGCGAGACGGAGACUUCUCUGCCUCCGCCUCCACCACCAGUCUCGACAGCUCCUCCUCCUCCCCCUCCUCCUCCAAGCUCUAUCCCUCCUCCGCCGGUAUCUAGUGUUCCACCUCCUCCUCCACCCCCUCUAGUAUCAAGUGUACCGCCGCCGCCGCCACCGCCGCCAAGCACUAUCCCCCCUCCACCACCUCCGCCGAGCUAUAUUCCCCCGCCCCCUCCUAGCUCCAUUCGCCCUACGCCUCCGGUAUCUAGUAUACCGCCGCCUCUACCUCCUCCUCUAAGCUCCAUCCCUCCUCCGCCGCCGCCUCCGCCGGUAUCUAGUGUUCCACCACCUCCUCCCCCGCCAGUAUCAAGUAUACCGCCGCCACCACCUCCAGUAUCUAGUAUACCUCCGCCGCCGCCGCCGCCGCCGCUAAGCACUACCCCCCCUCCACCACCUCCUCCACCGAGCUCAAUCCCUCCUUCGCCUCCGAGCUCUAUUCCCCCUCCGCCCUUCCAUCCAAGCUUUACGCUUCCCCCUCUACCGCCAUUCACCACAUGGACCACGUCAUGGUUUACCACAAGCUGCCCUGUUACAUGGACUACUAUCACGAGCGGGUCAACCGCUAUUACCCACCCGGUUACCCAGACCAGUUCUUAUAUGCUCACUUCUGUUGUUACCUGUACCGAGUCCUGUGCUCCGCCUACGUCAGUGCCAGCUCAUACUCUUCCGGUUGAAUUCCCGUCGGCUGCUCCGUCAUCCAUGCCGACUCCCAAGCACCCUGUUGAGCACUCAUCGUCUGCCACUUAUGUUGGUUCCAGUGGGCAGUCAUCGCCCGCAACAGUCUCUACAUCUACAGCUGCGCCGUCUCCUUCUUCUUCGCCGAGCUACAACGGCGCCGCUUCUCAGUUCCACAAGUCCUUCGCGGGCAUUCUCCCUAGCUUUGCUGUUCUCCUGGCAUUGGCCUAA